AAAAUUAGUUUAUUUAAUAACCAUUCAAAGAAUAACAGAUUUGAAAUAACUUCUAAUGAUGUUGUUCUAAUAAUUGGUGGUUCAAGAGGUUUGGGUUAUGAAAUUUUAAAGAAAUUUUUAAUAUUUGAAAAUUGCAAAAUUUGUAUAAUUGAUAAACAAGAAUUGGAUCAAGUUGAAUUGAAUUCAUUUUUAUUUUACUUUAAUUGUGAUGUUUCCAAUAAAAAUAAUUUAUUAAAUACAUUUAGAAAAAUUGAGACAAAAAUCGGUUCAGUGACAAUUUUGAUUAAUAAUGUUGGAAUUAAACACUCUGAACCAUUUUUAAAAUUAAAAUAUCUGAAGAUGAUUAAUAUAAUUAAUACAAAUUUAAUUUCAUAUAUUUUAUCAAUGAAGUUUUUUUUACAAUUAUCAAUUAAUGAAAAAAGAAAACUUUACAUUAUUAAUAUUUCAUCAGUCUUGGGAUUAAUUGGUCCAGCAAACUUAUCCAUCUACUCACUAACAAAGACUUCAAUAAUAUCAUUGCAUGAAUCAAUAUUACAUGAGAUUAAUCUUUUAAAAAACAAUCAAAUUAAAAUGUUAUUAAUUAAAUUAGGACAACUAGAUACAUUAUUAUUUAACGAUGUUAAACCUCCUAAACCAUUUUUAGCACCAAUAUUAAGUCAUGAAAAGAUGUCAAAAUUAAUUUAUUCAAAUAUUAAGAGAAAUCAAAUUGGUGAGAUUUCAUUACCAUUAUAUGGAAAAUUUUUACCAAUUUUAAAGAUAAUACCAUUUUUCAUUGUUGAAUUUUUAAGAAAAUUUAGUGAAAUGGAUAGAAGUAGUGUUGAGGUUUUCAACUCAAUGGACAAG